AUGAUAGAUUCUGCUUUCAUCAAAUCAUAUGUGGAAAAAAAAAAUGACUUUUUUUUUUUUCUUUUUUUUUUUUUUUUUAACCUAUUUCAGGAAUAUCCGUUCAUACUGGAUGCGUUUCAGAGAGAGGCCAUUCUGUGUGUUGAUAACAACCAGUCUGUUCUCGUGUCUGCUCAUACAUCAGCUGGAAAAACAGUGUGUGCCGAAUAUGCUAUAGCCCUUGCUUUGAGAGAAAAGCAGAGAGUUAUUUUUACCAGCCCCAUCAAAGCGUUAAGUAACCAAAAGUACAGAGAGAUGUAUGAAGAAUUUAAUGAUGUUGGAUUGAUGAUGACUGGAGAUGUAACUAUAAACCCUACAGCCUCCUGCCUCGUGAUGACAACUGAGAUCCUGAGAAGCAUGUUAUACAGAGGUUCAGAAGUCAUGAGAGAAGUUGCUUGGGUCAUUUUUGACGAAAUCCACUACAUGAGGGAUUCAGAAAGAGGAGUAGUGUGGGAGGAAACCAUUAUCCUCCUCCCAGAUAAUGUACACUAUGUCUUUCUUUCUGCCACCAUACCCAACGCCCGCCAGUUUGCUGAAUGGAUCUGCCACCUGCACAAACAGCCUUGUCAUGUUAUCUACACAGACUAUCGCCCGACUCCCCUUCAACAUUACAUAUUUCCUGCAGGGGGCGAUGGCCUCCAUCUUGUCGUGGAUGAGAAUGGCGAUUUUCGAGAAGACAACUUCAAUACAGCAAUGCAGGUAAUUAGGGAUGCUGGAGAAGCCUCCAAGGGAGACCAAAGAGGACGUAAAGGAGGAACAAAAGUACCUGAUGUCAUUCUCCUUCCAGGACCCUCUAAUGUGUUCAAGAUUGUCAAAAUGAUUAUGGAGCGCAACUUCCAGCCAGUUAUUAUCUUCAGUUUCAGCAAGAAGGAGUGCGAGGCCUAUGCUCUGCAAAUGUCCAAGCUGGAUUUCAACUCUGAUGAAGAGAAAAAGAUGGUGGAAGAAGUGUUUAAUAAUGCCAUAGAUUGUCUAUCAGAUGAAGAUAAGAAGCUUCCACAGGUGGAGCAUGUCCUCCCUCUUCUGAAGCGAGGUAUUGGGAUCCAUCAUGGAGGAUUGCUGCCCAUACUGAAAGAGACCAUAGAGAUUCUUUUCUCUGAAGGUCUACUAAAGGCUUUGUUCGCAACAGAAACCUUUGCCAUGGGUAUAAACAUGCCAGCCAGGACUGUGCUGUUCACCAAUGCACAGAAAUUUGAUGGGAAAGAUUUUCGUUGGAUCUCCUCGGGCGAGUACAUCCAGAUGUCUGGCCGUGCAGGAAGACGUGGCAUGGAUGAAAGGGGAAUUGUAAUCCUUAUGGUUGAUGAAAAAAUGAGCCCAACAGUUGGCAAACAACUUUUAAAGGGAUCAGCUGAUCCGCUAAACAGUGCUUUCCAUCUCACCUAUAACAUGGUGCUGAACCUCCUGCGGGUGGAAGAAAUUAACCCUGAGUACAUGUUGGAGAAAUCCUUUUACCAGUUCCAGCAUUACCGGGCUAUACCGGGAGUAGUGGAGAAGGUGAAGACAUUAGAGGAACAGUAUAACAGUAUACAGAUCCCCAAUGAGGAGAGUGUUGUAACAUACUACAAAAUUCGUCAGCAGCUUGCCAAACUUGGCAAAGAGAUUGAAGAAUACAUUCACAAACCCAAGUAUUGCCUGCCAUUUCUGCAGCCAGGGAGGCUAAUUAAGGUAAGACUGUGCAAUGACUAA